AGAGAAAACUGUUUCUCCACGCCGGCGGAGGAGAAGCCUGGGGAAUCAAAAGCUCUAGCAGUAGUUGAGAAACCUGAAGAAUCGAAAGCUCUUGCAGUGAUUGAGAAGGCUCCAGAGCCUGAACCAAAGAAAAUUUCAGGCGGAUCACAUGAUAGAGAUGUAGCCCUCGCAGAGGUUGAAAAGGCAAAAAGGUUGUCAUUCAUCAAGGCAUGGGAAGAUAGUGAAAAGACCAAAGCAGAGAACAAGUCCCAGAAAAAGCUCUCUGCUAUCGUAGCAUGGGAGAACAGCAAGAAAGCAGCUUUGGAAGCAAAACUGAAAAAAAUUGAGGAACAACUGGAAACGAAGAAAGCAGAGUAUGGAGAGAGAAUGAAGAAUAAGGUAGCGCUAGUUCACAAGGAAGCAGAAGAGAAGAGGGCAAUGGUUGAAGCCAAACGUGGGGAAGACGUUCUCAAGGCGGAGGAAAUGGCCGCAAAAUACCGUGCAACCGGACAAACUCCAAAAAAGCUCCUCGGCUGUUUCUGAAGUUUCAAAGCAAAUGUAUUUUUAGGUGUUUUGGUUGCCCACUCUUCUUGUUUGUAAUUGUAUUGUACUUUCCCGUUUUUCAUAUGUAUAUUUCUUCUUGUUUUUGUU